ACUACUACUACUACUACUACUACUACUACUACUACUACUACUACUACUACUACUACUAUUACUACUACUACUACUACUACUAUUACCACUACCACUACCACUACCACUACUACUACUACUACUACUACUACUACUACUACUACUACUACUACUACUACUACUACUACUGCUUCUAGUAGUAGGUAGUAACACAGCAACUACUACUACUACUACUACUACUACUACCCCUGCUACUAUCACUGUUACUACCACCACCACCACUAUCACCACUAAAUCAGUAUUUAUUAUUUUUCUUCUUGUCUACCAGCACCACCACCACCACCACUAAGGCACAAUCUCCCCUGCAGGCUUCAGUGAGGUCCAGUUCAACUACUUCAAUCCCUCAAAAGGCAAUUAGGUGUUCUUGGUGAAUGAGGAGGAGGAGAUUGAAUGCAGAGUGAUUACCUACCUGACCACCAAAGAUAGGAUUGCCUGUGCCAGUGGUAUCGCUGGGCAAGGUCACCUACUAUUGAGACAGUAGCUCUGCGUUGGUCAUUGCCAGGCUCUCUUUUGGAUCUUCAUGGCAGUUUCCACAACAGCAAACACUGCAAGCUUGACCACACUGAUCUUGUCUCCAGUGAAGCUAAGAGUGGGAAUGUUUUUACCAAGGCCUUUGUUGGAGGCAUCCCCUGUGAUAUAGUGGACGAGAACCUGGAGCUCUAUGACACACUGACAAGGGAGAAGGUUACUUUUCGCUCCAAGGCUAAGCUGGUUGGCCCCAUGAAUGCCACUGUCUACGUUACUGGAAGAGGGGCAUCUGAAGUGACCAAGACAGGAAUGUAUGUGGACUCCCAGGACAGAUUGUACCAGUUCCAUACAUAUGCUGGUAUGCGCAAUGUGAGUCCUCUCAGGGGGUCCUCUCAGGGCGGCACGCUGUUCACUAUUGAUGGUGCUGGCUUUGACCCAUACAAGGAGCAGACCAAGGUGUUGGUGGGGGGUGCUCAGUGUGCCAUCCAGGACAUCACUGAUGAGCAAAUCCGGUGGCUCACUCCAACCCAAGGGAAGACCUCGGCCGGCUCAGGUGAGCACAGGUUACUUGUUGAGCUGUACCAAGGGGAAUACUUUGAGUCCAACUUCCUGGAGGAGACAAGCUGGGCAGCCCUGUCUCCCUCCCAUGCUGGCUACAAGGCUUUUGUCCCUCAAGAUGCUGAGCUCAAGUUUCCCAUUGAGGUGACCCGGGAUACUGUGGGCACUCUGAAAGCUACAACAGACUUUACUCUUGCUAUGAAGGACUUCCACACAAAGUUCACCAGGAGAAGCACCCCUCGGGCCGUUAACGAGAGGCAGCGAGUGACCCUGGACAUCAUACAGAGGUGGGAGGUGCAGCACAUUGAAAUACGAGGCACGUCUCCUGUCACUGGUGUGCUCUACCUGGACGGGAUGACGUCGCCUGUCAUUGAUAUUGCUGACCCUGCACAGGUUCGAGAGCAGUUGCUGGACAUGACAGAGCAGAAAUGCCACGUGUACCUCAAUGGGAUCCAGACCAUGCACUACAGAACAUUUGAAGACAAGAUAGGACUUCCAGGAAUGCUUGGCACUGUAGUAGGGGAUGUGGAACCCUUCUGUGGGAGGAAAGUCUUCAGGUUGUCAAGAAAUUAGCCAAGAAUCUUCAGGGAGGCUGCAUCAAACAGUAUGAUCAACACUAACACCUUACUUACAGGUUUGCUUUGCUGUGAGGGGCAACAUGCAGGGCUCCAUGUCAGUCCAGUACCUGGUGAGGGACAGGGAGGGCAAUGAGGAGGAGGAGACUGUGCUACUGGAGCGUUCUUUUCCGGCCAACCGAUGAAGCUCCACACACUCAACAUGCCCUGCCAACCACUGGUGGAAAGAGACAGUCUUGUGGACCACCUUAUUACAUCCCAGGAGCUUCAGCAUAGCACAGCUGGCCAUGUACAUCCAUAGCAAGGCCUGGCAGCA